AUGGACGUAACGGCGACGCUCUCACACCUCGUCACCUCGCUCCUCCCCGCCGAGCAGGCCGCCUUCGUGCACACCCACGUCCUCCGCGCCGACGCCCCCCUGCGCGUCACCUUCUCCGCCGCGCGCGCCUCCGCCCUCCGCGGCGCCUCCGCCGCCUACCCGUACGUGGCGCCCGCGUGCGAGCGCGCCCUGGCCUGGACGCACGCCUCGCAGCUGGCGGUCGCGUGGGCGGCGGUCGCGGCGCUCGCCGCGUGGGCGUGGCAUCGCGGGCCGGCGGAGAGCGCAAGGGACCUGGUGGCCGCGGGCGGGAGGUUGGCGGGGUACGCGGCGGUGGUGAGGGAUAUCUGGCUGAGGGAGUACAGGAGGUACGAGGAGCAGGAGAACCGUGGGCGGUGA